UGUACUAAUACACAACAAAUCACAGUCCUGCAGAGGGGCGCGCAAAUGAGUUCCUAUUUUGUGAAUCCCACUUUCCCCGGGAGCCUGCCCAGCGGCCAGGACUCCUUCCUGGGCCAGCUGCCCCUGUACCCGGCCGGCUAUGACGCGCUGAGGCCCUUCCCGGCCUCGUACGGGGCGUCGAGCCUCCCGGACAAGACGUACACCUCACCUUGUUUCUACCAACAGUCCAACUCGGUCCUGGCCUGCAACCGGGCGUCCUACGAGUACGGGGCCUCGUGUUUCUAUUCUGACAAGGACCUCAGUGGCGCCUCGCCCUCGGGCAGUGGCAAGCAGAGGGGCCCCGGGGACUAUCUGCACUUUCCUCCCGAGCAGCCCUACAAACCCGACAGCAGCUGUGUGUCGGGCAAAGCCCUCCAUGACGAAGGCGCCGACCGGAAGUACACGAGCCCCGUGUACCCCUGGAUGCAGCGGAUGAACUCCUGCGCGGGUGCGGUGUAUGGGAGCCACGGGCGCCGAGGCCGCCAGACCUACACGCGCUACCAGACGCUGGAGCUGGAGAAGGAAUUCCACUUCAACCGCUACCUGACGCGGCGGCGGCGCAUCGAGAUCGCCCACGCGCUCUGCCUCACCGAGCGCCAGAUCAAGAUCUGGUUCCAGAACCGCCGCAUGAAGUGGAAGAAGGAAAAUAAACUCAUCAAUUCCACCCAGUCCAGCGGGGAGGGCGCCGAGGCCAAGGCGGGCGAGUAAACGCCCUAUGUGGCCACCAGGCCAGCGCCUCAGCUACCUCCCUCGCCCUCGUCUUCGCCUGCCCUCCAACUUCUCUCCUCGCCUGCUCUCAUGCGGGGCCUUCCGCAGCUUCAGGGGAGCCCAGAAUUGUGCCACUGUUUGCGCGUUUAUUCCUUUUUACAGAAACCCAACCCAGUCCAACCCCACACCCAGCCAAUCUCCGCGGCGGAGCGGGGCGCGCGG